AUGAAGUCCAGGAAAAACAAUAAAACCGAUAAAGCUAAUAAAGCCAGUAGAGCUAACACAUGUAAAGUAAAAUAUAGUUUUUUAUAUAAUGACAAAAUUUUAAAGCUGGCGGAAAACAUAGUUAUCUUAGCAAACAGUUUAUCAUUAUACAAAAAGAAGUACAAUAAUUAUGUUAUGAGAGAAGAGUUAAGUACCAAGAAAAGAAAUUGCAAAAAUGGGAAAUGCAUAGAGAGUAAUAAUAAUAAUAAUAGAGACCAAUUAAACAGAAAUAAAUAUAUCCGAGGACUUUCUAUAAAUUCAUCGUUUUUUCCAAUUUUUAAUUUUUACGAAUGUUUUGUACGCGACUUAAUAGAUCUAUGUAAUAACUAUACAGACAUAUAUGUAGAAUUUCUGUACAUAUUAAUAAUUAACAGUAAUCUUUUCAACAAUUUUAUUUAUAUAUGUACGUUUACCAGUGGUGAUAAAAAUGAUCUGUUCCUUUAUCUUAUGUACAAAAAUUUUUUAAUUCUCAUUGAAUACUACUACUAUUUCAACAACUCAUUUUACUUCAACGAGUUAUAUAUCAAGCUAAAAGGAAUUUAUGAUAAUAGAGAAAAUUUGGUGGAUAACUGCAAGGCGAGGAAAAAAAAGUAUGUCCUCUUAGGGAAAAGCGUUAACUUCCUGUCAAAUCAGAUCGAUCCUGAGCAAUGUGAUCCUUACGUACGAACAAAUUACGAGGCUAAUUUUCUAUACAGAUACCCUAUCGAAUACAGCGAUUCUUCAAAUUAUGAACAUGGCAACGUAAAACUUGCCAGGGAUUACAUUAAUGGGCGCGAUAAUAGAAGAGAAAAAAAAAAGAAAAAAAAGAAAAAGACAGAAAGAGAUGUGCAGAUAAAUACAGGAAUUGACUCUGCGAUGGGUGCACAGAUGGACACCCCAAUAAAUUUAAACAUCGGUGAAACACAGCAAAAGAAGUAUAAUCGACCUUCUGCCAACACUUUAAAAAUAAAUGAUAGCAACUCCCCACCUGUACACAAGGAGCAGUCUUCUAUUUUAUUGUCAGAAAAUAAUGGGUCUUGUGCUUAUGUCCAAAAAAAUGAAAAUAAAGGCAGCACAUGCCAUAAUGCGAAAGGGGAAAGAGAUAAAGGUAAAGAUAAAGGUAAAAGUAAAGAUAAAGAUAGUGAUAAACAUAGUGAUAAACAUAGUGAUAAACAUAGUGAUAAAGAUAAAGCGUGUAAACGGGAGAAGGGUGGAGGGGAAAAAAGAAAAAAAAAUAAAAAUAUUAAUACAAAUGAGAACAAAAAUAAUAACACAAAAGAGAAAGAAAAUGAUAACAAAGAAGAGAACGGAAAUGAUAAUGAAAAAGAGAACGGAAAUGAUAAUGAAAAAGAGAACGGAAAUGAUAAUGAAAAAGAGAACGGAAAUGAUAAUGAAAAGAGAACGAAAAUGAUAAUGAAAAAGAGAACGAAAAUGAUAAUGAAAAAGAGAACGGAAAUGAUAAUGAAAAAGAGAACGAAAAUGAUAAUGAAAAAGAGAACGAAAAUGAUAAUGAAAAAGAGAACGGAAAUGAUAACACAAAGGAACAGAAAAGAGCAGCUGGACAAACCGCGAACCAUUUUAAGCAAAUUAUUUUCAAACUUUUCGGAUAGCAGAAGAGACACAAAAAAAAGAUGUAACCUGUAUAAAGAAACCGUGGAUGAGAAAAAAUUUUUCUUUAACCAGGAGUCUUUGUAUUCUCAUAACAAAAAUUUUAAUAUAAACAACUUUUAUCAAUUAAAAAAUAUGUUCAUAAUUUUUGAAAAGUUAAAGUACGAGCACUUGUACAUAUUGCUAUAUUUUUCUUUGUCCAUUUUACCUUUCCUUUUCCAUAUAUACCUAACCAGAAUAAUGAUAAGAGAAAAAGAAAAAUUCCACAUCAAUCAUUACUUGAUGUAUAUAUCAAAGAAGAUAAAAGAAUACACUACUUUUUUUUAUUUUAAUCGUAAUGGAGCAGAUACGUCUAAGGAGGGGCAUACCAGUGAGCACUCACUUGUGGGGAGCUCUCAAAAAGGGAAAAACCAAGGAGGAGAACGAGCAGUAGAAAGAGGAAGAGAAGGACAGCAUUGGGAAGAACACGGGGUAGGAGAGAAAGUCAGGGAGACUGCUUCGAUGAGUACAAUACGUUGGCACAAAGCAGGGGGUAAAAAAAGAUACAAUGAUCAUCUUACGGGUGAUCAGCAAAUGUAUACACAUGACCAUUUAGUAGAUCCAUAUGAUACCAUUUGGGAAAACAUAAACAGGAUAAAUAUAAAAGAUACGUUAGACCGACUAACAAAAGUACAAGAAGAAAAAAAGAAUUAUAAUUAUACAUCUGUGUUUAAGAAAAACAUAGAUCUCUUGCAUACCCUUCAAAUGAAAAACGAUAUGAAGAUGUUGAACCUUGAAAUUGUUAAGGAUGAAGAAGACAAAGAAUUAUCAACUUCUGAAUUUUCGACCUUCAUGAAUUUAGAGAAGUUGGACAUUUCGAAAAAGAGGUACAUGAAGCAGCACCGGGGAAGUAAAGAAGAACAGGUAGAAAUAGAAAUAGACAAGGCAGCAGACAAUGUAGGUGAUAAAAUGGAAAAAAGUGGUGUACAGGUUGGUACUAAAAUGAUGGAUGAAGGAGUGAUAAGGACUAAGAAGGAAAAUGGAGCAAGGGAGGAGCGAUAUGACAGAGAAAGUUCCAUGAAAUCGAGGAGGAGAAAGAAAGGUGUUAUGAACGGUGCGAUGAAAAACGAAAAGGAGGAACAGGAAAAGGCAUCCCCGAAGAGGAGUGAGGAUGCUGAUCUGCAUACACUACUGUGGAAGAACAUGAAAAGGGAUCGCAUCUACAAAUGUUAUAAAGCCAUAGUAAGGAGAAAGAGCCUCCUUAACCAUGGAGGUUUUGAGGAUUUAUUGAAAAGCAUAAGCAUCAUUUGUAGUGAUAAGUUUUAUUCCUUCUUUAUGAACAACAUAGAUAUUAGAAAUUCGGUGGAAAACAAUUACUGCAUUUUGAAUGUAGUUCAGAAUAAUUACAAUUGUAGGAAGCACAAGAGAGAAGAGAUAGAUGCAGAUAUACUAGACCAUUUACACAUUUCUAGUGUAUAUAAAGACAAUACUUUAAUUCAUAAUGAAUAUAUUAAAAAAAAAAUAAAACGAAAUAAAUUGUAUACAUAUAAACUUUUUAAUAAUCAAAUAGAAACAUUACUUAGCUCGAAGGAAUUAUUGGAUUAUAUAAAAAAGCAAAAGAAAAGAAAAAGGAAAAAAGAAAUAGCACAAAAAGAAAAAAAAAAAGAAGACUUCCUAUACAUACAAUCAAAAAUAAAAAAUAAUGCAUUAAAUAAUAAAAAUAAAAAAAUAUAUGAUGAUAUAUUUAAAUGUGUUAAAAGUAAAAACUCAGAAUUGAUCGAAUCUGAUUGCAAUUCGUAUGAUAAUAGUGACUCAAGUGAUAAUAUUACUUUAUAUAAUUAUACGAAAAAAUAUUAUUCCGAAAAUGUUUUUACCAUUGACUACUUUGUUUUUUUUAUUGUUAAUAUGUUUUAUGUGUUUAUACAUCUUCAUAAUAUUUAUUUCUCUUCAACGUAUUUGAAUAUCUUCCUUUCCUUCUCCAUAAAACUAGUUUACAAGUACAGUCAUAGAGCCCAUCGUUCCGAGUCUGUAUUCCCUCUUAGUGUUACCCCUUGUGGGCACAUACACCCCAUCGGCUGCCUACACGGUGAUCCGAAAAACCUUUGUACAAGAUUUCUAAACUUGAGCAAACCACGAAGGUACUCAGUUAGAUUGACGAAAAGAAGCAAACGGAUAAAAAUAAAAAGGUGUUAUAGUGUAAAUAACAUAAGCUGCAAAAACAGCAAAAUGAAGUUACAGGAAAAGGAUUGUGAAGAAAAAGUGGAAAAGCAUAACAAACUAAAUGUAGACGAUAGCGGAAAAAUAAAAGAUAUAAUUGAAUUCAUUUUGAAAAAGAAAAAAUUUUUGAACAAGAGAAGAAAACAAAAAAAAAUUGAAAAUAAUAUACAUUUAAGGAAAACAAAGAGUUCUACUAAAGACAUACUAUUAUUAAACACAUUCGACAUAAUUGUAAACUCCUUUUUUGAUUUAUGUAUAUCGUUAUGUAGCAUUAAUUUUAAAUGUGUAUGUGUCAGGAGGAAAAGACUAAACAGAAUGUACAUUAGUGAAAAGAUAUAUUUUUAUUAUCAUCUAAUAAAUAAACAGUAUGAUGUAUCUUCUUUAAACAACUUUAACAUGGUAAACUAUAACAAUGCGGUGGAUGCAUAUUUAUUUUAUUUUAAUGAAUUCAAAAAUUAUGAAAUGUUUGCCAGUCAACUUUUAACGAAGGACACAAUGGAAGAAAAAAAAAAAAAAAAAAAAAAAAAGAACACACACGUGGAUAAAGUCGAGGGGGGAAACACAGAUAGGCAGAUAGUCAAUCAAGCGGUUAUACGAGAACACAAACGGGCAGACAAAUACUAUAAAAAUUCCAGUUUUUCCAGUAGUAUGGAGGAUGACAGUAAUUACAGGGGAGAAACAUUUGAAGGAUACACUAGCAACAUCACUUGUGCGAAGAGAGCAAACAGCACAGCAAGCACAUCCUCUACCAAAUGCAGCGACGAAAGCUUUUUAUUUUUAAAAAAGAUGAAAAAAAAAAUGAAUAAGAGAAUUUACAUUGACGAAAAUAACAUAAUAAAUAUUCUAAUAAACAUAGGCUGCAUAUAUAUGAAUAAUAUUAAAUACAAUGUAGAUAUAUCCCUAAAAAAUUUGCACAAAAUGAAUAACUGUCAUCUUGUGAAUGAUAAAGAAAAUUUUUUUAAGUAUAUAGACCAAGUGUUUUAUCGUAAUACCAAUUUACAGUUUUCUAAUAUUUAUAAUCAAUAUUUUCUUUCUUUCUUUUUUUUUUUUAAAAUGCAUUAUCUGUUUUUCUUGGUUAAGUAUAAAUGCGAGCAAGAAAUGUUUUUGAAGGCUUACUGGUUCCUCUAUGCGGUAUAUAACAUUAUACAGAGCUGA